GACAAGCCUUGACGAUAUUGUUGCGAAAUGUGGACGCCACACGACUUGUAGGGCUCGCUUGCGAUUGGUGAAUUGCCACGACAAUCAACGACACAGAGCCCACAUUGCCCAGCGAGGGCGCAUUUGACAUGGUGCGAACAGUGGGUGUCAUGGCCGCCGUGGCGGCUGUAUCAUGGCACCAACUUACUCCAGUCAGUGGCAGCGGCAUUGGCCAUCCCCACGUUGACCUCAGUCGGUCGCUGCGUAGCCAUCGCCACCACUCCAAGUCGACAACACCUCCACCUUCCCAUCCCAAACACCACCGAAAACACCCAGCACCUGGCGUCGACUGGUCCCUGUCCUGUGAGUUCGAAGGCCAGAAGCUUCGAAAUCGGCAGACGACACAGAUUGCCGGGACCAAAGGACACAAGGGCAGCUUGUACGCCGUGUGUCUCGAUGGCAAACUGGUAUGCCAUGAAGAACUCGGAAUUGCAGACACACCAGCGCUAGCCGACCUCAACUGCACGAGGGUUGCGCCUCGUCGCCGUCUAGGUCUCGUCGUGGAGUCCCCGCAGGUGCAAACGUGGCCCCAGGGGGUCGUGUGCUACACGAUCGCGGCCAACUUUACAGCGGCGCAGCUCGCUCAGAUCGAAAACGCGAUGGCUCUGGUGAAGGACGAGACCAAGAUCCGCUUUCUCGACAUUGCUGGGUGCUCGGACAAUGUCACGGUUGGCGGCCAGCCCAUCUGCGGCGGCUGCAAAAACUAUGCCAACAUUAACAACUGGGACGAAGGGUGCUACUCUGCCGUCGGGUACCAGAACACUGGGGCGCAAGCAUUCAACCUGAACGCUGCGUGCUUUGACGAUCUCACCGGCACUGGGCGCGUUGUCCACGAGGUUGGCCACACGAUCGGACUCUACCACGAGCACUCGCACCCCGACCGCAAAGUCAUCGUCAUUCCCGGGGAACUCAAGGUGUCCCGGAAUAAUUACCAAGUGCUCUUGCCCGCUACCAAGCUCACGUACGACGUUGCUUCGAUCAUGCACUACGGAUCGACGGCGGGGCUGUGCAUCCCGAAAGACGCCUCGAUCAAGUACUGCGAUGUGUCGCAGUCGCCAGAACAAGACCAGUGCGUGAUCCCGACACGCGCCGCAUGUGAUGAAAAGGCGUCCCAAGUGCUGGGGCAGCGCAUGAAGCUGAGUCCAGUCGACAUGGAGUCUGUCGUCAAGCUGUAUGGGAAUGUCAAGUUGACUCCGGCCGAUGAAGACACGUUGCAACGUGCGUCCCAGGACGCGCUCUCGAGAAAGGUGAACGGUCGGCCAAACCCGCCGCCGCCGUCGCCGCCGCCAACCGCGCCGUCCAAAGGAUUCUUCGACUUCCUUGCCGAGUUGACCGGGUGGAUUUCCUAACUUCGUAUAAACAGGAAUCCCCAUGCUGAUA